AUGGAGUAUGUAUCGGGUGUACGAGUAGCAAGAUUUAACAAAGCGAGACUCGGCAGUGUGGGUCAAGUGGUUAAUCCCGCUGAGGCAGCGCCGCGUCCCGGCUGCUUCCAGCACGCGUGCCCGGCUCGGCGUGGCCGCUUCACAUCGCCGCUCAUACUGCCUCUAUUAUCCUAUGCAAAUUCGGAUUUCCCAAACACCGUGUUGUGCCGCGGGCUACCUGCUAUCGCGGCUAUUAAUAACGCGCCGCAUCGCUUACAAAUACGGCUCGACUAA